ACGCUGCAAAUCCCGCAACCAUCGUCCGUACGGCGAGUUACGACCAUUGCCAGUCCCGUUGAGGCGAAGGGAAGCGAUUGCCAUGGACAUCACGGGCCCGUUCCCCAAGCACAAGACCGGAGUGGAUGGGAUUCUCACGGUGGUCGACCGACUCACCAAGUUCGCCAUGUUUUUGCCUUGUCGCGAUCAUGCCAAGGCACCGGAGUUGGCCGAGGUUCUGUACGCCGGUUGGAUUCGCACCAAGGGUUACCCCAAGGAGAUCGUCUGCGACCGCGACACUCGGUUCAUGUCCGAUUUUUGGUUGGCGCUCAUCAAGCGAUGGGGCUCAUCUCUCAAGCCCAGUUCAACUCGCCACCCUCAGACCGAUGGCCAGACGGAGAGGGCGCAUCAGACCGCACAGGUUCUCCUUCGCACUCUCAUCCGCCCCGACCAGAAAGACUGGGUUGAGCGACUGUCGGACGUYGAGUUGGCCUACAACUCUUCCAUCCACCCGGCUAUAGGGAUAUCGCCCUUCGAGUUCGAGCAYGGMUCGCCKGUCACRUCACCGUUGGACACKAUUACUCCACGCACGACCAAGAGCGACGACCAUCUUCUUUUCUUGCGUCGGAUGCAAGAGCUUCUUGUCAAGGCACGCGACCAGAUGGCUAAGACGCAACAACGCACGAGCCAACAGGCAAAUCGCCAGCGUCUUCCUUGUCCAUUCCGAGUCAGGGACCUCGUCUGGGUUUCAGCAGCGGAAUUCAGCCUUGAACAAGACAUCUCUCGCAAGCUCCUUCCGAAAUGGAUGGGGCCUUGGCCGAUCAUUGAGCCCGCUGGGGAUGCACCUGAAGGACCUUCCUUCACGAUUCAGGUGCCUAGCCACUUGCCUGUCUACCCAGUCUUUCAUUGCUCCAAAUUGGCUCUGUACACGCCAAUGGAACAUGACGAUUUUCCCGGGAGAUGUACGCAAGACCCACCUUCUAUGGAUGGUUUUCAAGAGGUCAGCGACAUCAUCUCCCAGCGACGCUACAGCAACAAGCCAACUGAGUAUUUGGUGCAUUUUGCCUACUGCACACAUCGAGCUGACCGUUGGUUAACCCGUGCGGAACUGCAAGCGACAGCUCCAGACGUUCUCGCACCUUACGAACGCAAGAUGCAAGGCAAGCCGGUUUCUUCGGCUCCACGCCGCGCCCGUGUCCAGGUUCCACCUUCAGAUCGACGGCUUCGCCCUCGCCCCGACUUCGCUUCAUAAGGAGGGGGGGGUGUUACAUGCAGCGCGUGCACACACGGGCCAUUUUGCAGGCCCGACGGCUAUUUUGCAGGCCCGACGGUUUUCAGGCCAAAAG